UCCGCUCCGUGCAGCCUGUCAGCAGCUACGAGCUUCAAACUUGGCAGUCGUUUCCAGCUGCUCCGCUUCCAACCGUCGUUCUCCAGCUCUUUGGGGGUUUUUUUCUUUCUGCUUUUUAAACCAGUUUUUAGGAAUGCGUUAACGUGUGUGUGUCGCGGCGUUAGUCCACCGGGAGGAAUUAUCGUGUUUUCUUCGCCUUUAGCCGAGGAGCAGCGGUGGGGGGGAAAUGUCCAGCUGAGGACUGGAAAUCCUGAAAACCGCAGGGCCCUGUUUUUGUAAUGAUUGAUCAAAGCUUCGACAAUGGCGCUGAAGGCAAAGGUUUUAUAUGACUUCAUUGCUGAGGCUGGAAACAAUGAGUUGACGGUGAAAGAAGGCGAGACAGUCACCAUCACCAAUCAGAAUAUCGGAGGGGGCUGGAUUGAAGCACAAAACUCCAGAGGGGAGGUUGGACUGGUGCCCGAGGACUACAUCGAGCUCAGCAAGCAAUUUCCUGCGUUUCAAGGAGCAGGAACCACAGCACCGACUCCAAGUGUAGGAAAUGUUGCAUCUACGGAUCUGUCCUUCUUUGAUGCAUACGCACCUGCAUCGACACCUGCACAAAACCAGGUGGAUGCUGGGGGCUUGAGUCCCCAGCCGGACACCCCCGACACCCCAGUUUCCCCCUACCUUACGUCCCCUGAUGAGGCCAGUAACGGCAAUGAUCCCUGGUCGGUGUGGAACGCAGACCCCUCCGGGGGUUCCAGCAACAACUGGGCGUCUAAUCCUGAGGGCACCCAGACGGGGAAGAGCGCUGCUGAUCCCUGGGGCUCCGUGUCGCAGGGCCACCCUCAGGCUUACCAAGGCCCAGACAUCUACCCGUACCCUUACCUUAUUGAUUACACAGGGGCAGAGGACGAUGAGUGGGAUGAUGAAUGGGACGACAUGAAGUCCACUGGUGGUUACGCAGAGUCAGAAUCUGGAGACGGUGGCGCGUUACAGAGAGGAGGAACUCACGCAUCUUCAAUGAAAAUCUCCCUCAACAAGUUUCCUGGCUUCUCCAAGUCUGGUCCGGAGAUCUACCUCCUUUGCAAACAGCUCGCCAAGGGCAAAGACAAGCUGACAAUUUAUACUGGAGAAGUUGGUCCGGUGUGGUCUUACCCCGAAGCCCAGCUGGACUGCAUUGUAGCUGAUCCCAAGAAAGGCUCAAAGAUGUACGGCCUCAAGAGCUACAUCGAGUACCAGAUCACACCCAAUACCACAAAUCGACCAGUCAAUCACAGAUACAAGCACUUUGAUUGGCUGUAUGAGAGGCUCCUGGACAAAUUCGGUUCAGCCAUCCCCAUCCCCUCUUUACCGGACAAGCAGGUGACGGGCCGUUUUGAGGAAGAGUUUAUUAAGAUGCGUAUGGAGCGGUUGCAAGGUUGGAUGACCAGGAUGUGCAGGCACCCUGUUGUUUCCUCCAGCGACGUGUUUCAGCUUUUCCUCACUUACAAGGACGAGAAGGACUGGAAGAUGGGGAAGAGAAAAGCAGAGAAAGAUGAGACAGUGGGAGUGAUGAUCUUCUCCACGAUAGAGCCUGAAGCUCACGACCUGGAGCUUGCAGAAGUGGAUCAGAAAUGUGAGCAGUUCAGCAGGUUUACCAAAGCCAUGGAUGAUGGGGUGAAGGAAAUCCUCACAGUGGGAAACGAGCACUGGAAGAGAUGUACAGGCCCUUUGCCAAAAGAAUACCAGAGAAUCGGCAAAGCCUUCCAAAACCUUUCCUCUGUCUUUACCAGCAGCGGAUACCAAGGCGAGUCAACCCUCACUGAUGCCAUGACAGCAGCAGGGAAGACGUACGAAGAGAUUGCUCAGAUGGUUGCAGAGCAGCCCAAGAAAGACCUUCACUUCCUCAUGGAGACCAACAAUGAAUACAAGGGUCUUCUUGGAUGCUUCCCGGACACCAUUGGAGUCCAUAAGGCAGCCAUCGACAAGGUGAAGGAGGCUGACAAACUGGUGGCUGCCAGUAAAAUUACCCCUCAGGACAAAGUCACCAUGGCCAAACGCGUCAGCACCAUGUCUUACGCAUUACAAGCUGAGAUGAACCACUUCCAUAGCAACCGUAUCUAUGACUACAACCGGGUCAUGCAGCAGUACCUGGAGGAGCAAGUCAAGUUUUACGAGACGAUCGCUGCGAAGCUGAGACAAGCACACAGUCAGUUCACUACGAUGUGAAAAACAACCGUCGGGAGUCUCGCACUACAAAACAAGAAAAGUUAAACCAUCUUUGCUUACAUUUGCAUUAUUUUCCCUCCUUUUAAUUUAAAUUUCACUUCUGUUUCACUGUUACCUCAUUUCCUCUUUUCCUGCCAACUGUCCCAGCUCGUCGGCGUUGCCUUUGUCCGCUGCUCUCAGGAGUUUAUGAAGUUUGUGAGCGUGAAAAAGCUUUGACACUAGUGGGUUUUAGGUGCAGCAGUGAUAACAGAAUGCACCGCACCAUUUCCACACAUUUCCCUCUGUCCAAGGUUCACAGCUUGUAAGGCAGGAACUAAAAGUUACAACGGUCAUGAAUUCUUUCAUUGCAUGAGUCAAACUCCAGCGUUUUCCUGCUUUGGGUGUUUUAAAGCAAUAGUCUGCAGUUUUUCAGCCGUUCUUCCAGGAAAGGAUUUAUUAAUGUGGCAAAACUAUUAUCUGCACAGAUUGACACCAAAAACCAAAGCCAUCCUCAGCCAGGGAGUUCAUUUUUAAAUGCAGCUUCAAAAGCAUAUUCAAGCUUUACUUAUUUCUCAGCAAAUAUCGGGUUUAUUUGGAUUCGUUUUGCUCAGAGUCUCCCAUCACUGUUAGUAGAAGCAGGCGCAUUCCUUUAUGAAUCUAAGUCUUGGCAAAAGGUAGAAUUUGUGUCCUCUGUGUGUCCUCUGUGUGUCCACUGCUGGCAGUGCCUAAACCCCCCUUUCAUCCUGCACUUCCUCAAAAGUGAGCAGGAAGCUCCACCUUUUUCCUGUCCUGCCCCUCUAGGAAAAAUAGAACUAGUUAACAUAGCGCCCCCAGUCUACAGACUACGAUACUGCAGUUUACAUUUCAGAAGAAAAGAUGUGGAAGACUGAGGUUGGGUUGCACAUUUCGGAAUCUACAUCCUGCUGCAGACGGUGCCAAAACAGUUCCCUCUGCUCCUGAAAAAUGUUUGUCCUUGUUUUGACCAGAUUAUGGUUUUGAUAUGAAGGUAGUGGCAACAUUCACUUGAGAAUUUGUGCUAUAAAGAGUUUGAGAAAGAACUAUGAACUAUGUCUUGUAUGAAGUUUUUCUUUUUUGCUUUUCAUCGCCCAGUUUUCAAUCAGUCUCUAAUCUUGUUCACUUUUUUCUUAUCACUUGUUCCUUAAAAAAUAUACAUGAAAAAUAUAUAUAUAUAUAUAUAUUCUAUUGAACCUAUCAGGUGCUUCUUGUCAUCGAGAUACUAUUUUAUGUAUAGAAGUAUUUGCGAUAUGGUGAGCAGAAAUUCUGUUUGAUUUAUUAAACAAUGAUUUGUACUCA